GUUUCUGACUUCCUGUUGUUGUGGCGUUGUCAGUUGCCCUAGUGUUUUAUCAACAGAUGCUGUUCGUGUUAUUCAGACGGACUAAUUAAACUUCUACGAGCUUCGGAUUUCAUCUGAAGUCAUGAGUGAAUUCAGGAUUCAUCAUGAUGUUAAUGAACUUCUCGGGCUUCUUAAUGUCCGAGGAGGAGAUGGUGCUGAGGUUUACAUUGAUUUGCUGCAGAAGAACAGGACUCCUUAUGUGACCACUACAGUAUCUGCACACAGUGCUAAGGUCAAAAUGGCAGAACACUCCAAAAUACCAGAAGACUUCUUAAGGAAAUAUGACGAAUUGAAGUCAAAGAACGUACGCAACCUUGAUCCACUGGUGUAUCUGCUCUCCAAACUCACUGAGGAUAAAGAGACUUUGAAGUUCUUGCAGCAGAAUGCAAAGGAGAGAUCAGAAAUGUCUGCAAAUGCAGCAUCCAGCACGACCACGUCAUACAACGUUCCUGCAACCAGCAGCAAAAUGUCCAUGCAAGAACUGGAGGAGUUGCGGAAAAAGCUGGGAAAUGUCACAGCCAGCUCCAAUGUGCCUCAGUCUUCUGAGGUCAUCCGUAAAAUGCUGAGAGACCGACAUAACAAGAAGAACCCCACUCAGCCGAACCCUGUGUUUCCAAACUGGGUGUAUGACCGGCCUGCGCUGAUUGGGGAUUUCGUCACUAGCCCCACGCCUGUGGGAGAUCCCGUGGUGGCUAUUGGUACAAUGCCGCUGGCUGCACAGGAACAAGCUCUGGUUGAGGACCUGCUGUAUGUGCUGAUUGGCGUGGAUGGGAGAGACAUCGCAGCUCAGCCUGUGCUCGGCAGACAGAGCCGCUCUUUCAUAGUAGAUCCUUCCCUCGACAUGUCCAUCAAAGAGCUGGUCAACCGGAUAUUACCGGUGGCAUCUUGUUACUCCACUAUCACACGCUUCACAGAGGAGAAAUCGUCGUUUGAGUACGGUCAAGUGAAUCAUGCCUUGACUGCAGCCAUGAGGACUCUGAUGAAGGAAUAUCUCAUCCUGGUGACCCAGCUGGAGCAUCUCCACAGACAGGGCACGCUCUCCCUGCAGAAGCUCUGGUUCUACAUACAGCCCACCAUGCGCACCAUGGAAAUCCUGGCCUCCAUCGCCACUUCUGUUGACAAGGGUGAGUGUAUGGGCGGCUCGACCCUCAGCCUGCUUCAUGAUCGUACCUUCAAUUACACCGGAGACAGCCAGGCUCAAGAGCUCUGCCUCUAUCUGACCAAAGCAGCCAGCGUCCCCUACUUUGAAAUACUUGAGAAGUGGAUCUAUAGGGGCAUCAUUAAAGACCCAUACAGUGAAUUCAUGGUUGAGGAGCAUGAGCUGCAAAAAGAAAAGAUUCAGGAAGAUUAUAAUGACAAAUACUGGGAUCAGAGAUACACUAUCGUCCAGCACAGGAUCCCAUCAUUCCUUCAGAAAAUGGCAGAUAAGAUAUUAAACACAGGCAAGUAUCUGAAUGUUGUGCGAGAGUGCGGCCGUGAUGUAACCUGUCCAGAUGCCAAAGAGGUUCUCUACACGCUUAAAGAGAGAGCGUAUGUGGAGCAGAUCGAAAAAGCAUAUUACUACGCCAGUAAGGUUCUGCUUGACUUCUUGAUGGAGGAAAAGGAGCUUGUUUCACGCCUGAGGUCAAUCAAACAUUACUUCUUAAUGGAUAAAGGAGACUUUUUCGUGCAUUUUAUGGACCUAACGGAGGAAGAACUGAAGAAGCCGGUUGAUGACAUCAUUCCUCCACGGCUGGAGGCCCUGCUGGAGCUGGCCUUGAGGAUGAGCACUGCCAACACAGACCCCUUCAAAGAUGAUUUAAAGAUUGACCUGAUGCCCCAUGAUGUUAUCACCCAGCUGUUACGUGUCCUCGCUAUAGACACCAAGCAGGAGAAAGCUAUCAUUAAUGCAGAGCCCACAGAGGUGUCACUUAGCGGCCUGGAGGCUUUCUCUUUUGACUACAUCGUCAAGUGGCCACUUUCACUCAUAAUCAACCGAAAAGCCCUGACAAGAUACCAGAUGCUCUUCAGGCACAUGUUCUACUGCAAGCACGUGGAGAGGCUGCUCUGUAAUGUGUGGAUCAGCAAUAAAGCAGCUAAGCAAUAUUCACUGCACUCUGCUAAAUGGUUUGCUGCUGCGUUUGCAUUAAGACAACGGAUGCUCAACUUUGUGCAGAACAUUCAGUAUUACAUGAUGUUUGAGGUUAUGGAGCCCACAUGGCACAUCAUGGAGAACAACCUGAAAUCUUUCCUAGCUGAGCAUGUGGAUGCCCUCCAGUCUGACUCUGGGUUUGAGGCGACCAUCAGCAAGUUUGACAGUAACUUCAGCACCUUAUUGUUGGAGCUUUUGGAUAAGCUCAGCAUUUACAGCACCAAUGACUGUGAACACAGCAUGAUCAACAUCAUCUACAGGCUGGACUUCAAUGGCUUCUACACGGAGAGAUUGGAGAAAAUGGCCAUUGAGAGGAGCCAGAAAACUGCUGCGUAGCUUCAUCCAUUAUAAAAUUCAAUUGUUUUUAAAGUGUUCAAUGUGCUGAUUUGUUGUCUUUUUUCACAAAAAUAUGUAGUAAUGUUACAUGGUGCAACAUAAAGCACUUAAGAAUUUAUCACUAAGUCUUGUUUGAUCAUUUUCUCCUCUCUGUUGGAAAUGUAUUUAAUGGUCUUGUACAAAUUGAAUGAAUUCCACCUGACUGAACACCCAAUAUAAUAAAGGAAGAAUGUAGCUUU